AGCAUUAUUAUGUAUGGUGCCUGCAAUGAGACGGAUGGAAGGAACUAAAGGAUUCUUUAGGUUGUCCAGGAUGUGGCUGUUGCUGACCAUGAUAAUUGUGCAAAAGCAUGUGAGUCCAGAGGAAGUCAAAGACAAGACAGAAAUGAAUCCUGAACAAUUUAUGACUAUUAGUGAGAUAAUCCAACACUGGGGAUAUCCUUCAGAAGAAUAUGAAGUCCUUACACAUGAUGGCUAUUUCCUGAGCCUGAACAGAAUUCCAGGAGGCUCAAAAUCGUCUGUACUGCUGACACAUUGUUUGGACAUGGAGGGCAGUGUCUGGGUAGCAAAUCUGCCCAGUAAUAGCCUGGGCUUCAUUUUAGCAGAUGCUGGAUAUGAUGUGUGGAUUGGAAAUAAUAGAGGCAAUUCCUGGUCUAGAAGACACCAAUACCUUACAAUUGACGAACAAGAAUUCUGGAAUUUCAGUUUUCAUGAAAUGGGCAUCUUUGACCUCUCUGCCAUGAUAGACUUUAUUCUGCAGAAAACUGGACAACGUCAAAUUUAUUAUGUUGGCCAUUCUCAGGGAAGCAGUAUAGGUUUUGUGGCAUUUUCUGAAUUACCCCAGCUGGCUGAAAAAAUCAAGAUUUUUUUUGCCUUGGCACCAUCUUAUAAUUUGGAAGGCAAUAUAACUCCCCUAAUGCAGCUUCUACAUUUGCCAGAGGUAUUGAUAGAGCUUAUGUUUGGUAGGAAAGAAUUCUGCUUAAUGAAUAUGGGACUGAGAGCAUUUGUUGCCAGACAAUGCAGCUACCGUCCGAUAGACUAUUUCUGCAAACAAGCUCUUUUGUCCUUUUGUGGGUUCAAUGAGAAGAAUCUAAAUCAGAGUCGGACAGAUGUCUACGUCUCACGAUUCCCAGAUUUUACCUCUGUAAAAAAUAUUCUUCAUUGGGGCCAGGUAGCUAAAUCAGGGGAAUUCAGAUAUUUUGACUAUGGCUCAGGGCUGGCAGAUAAAUACAACAAGACGACUCCUCCCUUGUACAGGAUAGAAGAGAUCACCGUGCCAAUAGCAAUAUGGCAUGGAGGACAUGACUGGCUUUGUCAGCCUGUGGAAAUCGAAGCUUUGUUACCACGAAUAACUAAUCUCAUUCAUCUCAAAUAUCUUCCUGACUGGAACCACUUUGACUUCUUGUGGGGCCUUGAUGCUCCGGAACGUUUGUAUAGAGAAAUCCUUUACCUGAUGGAGAAGAAGCUGUGA